ACAGUUUCAGACUUUUGUCUGUGGCGCGAGGCAGUGGGGCUGUGGGAACAGAGGACUUUGUGGGAGAAGUUUGUUCUCGCGGAUGAGCUGUUCAAGGUAGUGGUGGCGUGCGCGAGCACCCGCCAUAUAGCCAGGAAAUCGUGAUAGAGAAACCCGGUUGCAAAAGUUACUCAGAGUAUCUCGCUUAGGAGAUCAAGGAACGUGUAAGGCGUUCAGCGGGUUUCAACCGGGGAUAAAAUAUCGGCGGAGCGUAGCACACGGCAAGAGCGCACGGCGCGAGAUCUUGAAGCGGUGAACGGGUUAGACGGGUGGUGUGUUUUUCAUGGCGAUCAGUUUGUUAGGGAAAUAUCGUACGCUGCCAGCGAUGUACGAGACACGGGAAAGGUGAAGGAGGUGCUCACCGGACCUGACCUGCCCGAGAGGAAUACCGUGAAACGUAGCUUCUCUCGUAUACACACACACAGUGCGUCACCGCCCAUAUGCGAUGUGUUUCGUGCGUCCGAGCGAAUGAGUAAUCAUGUACUGUCAAGACAAGGGCUCGACCGCCUCCAAGAGCAAAGAGGUUGCUAAAGAUUGCGCUUAUUAUGCACAGGGUCUGUGACAAUGCGGGAGAAGAAGGGUGGUGCUCUUAGCAGAGUACAAAAACUGAAAAAAAGGCUUAGCCACAGCUUUGGAAGACUUUCAAUAUCAAAAGAAGAGGCUGAUGAUGCUGCAAACAGGGGUCAACUGCCAUAUAAUGGCUAUUCUGAGGAGUUCCUAGACCGUUUAGAACCAAACGGCAAUAUACCUGCGGAUAAGGAUCGCCGUUAUGAAUGGACAGGUGUGGGCGACCAUGAGAGAGUGCAUCGGCAGCUUUCCGUUUCUAGUGAUUCCAAGCUUCUUGACGAGGAUAUACGUGAAGAAGCGAGAGUAAUCUUAAGACCUCGGCGUCCACCGCGACCCAAGUCAGAGGUCUUCCUUGGACCGGAUCCACCUCCUAGAAGAACCAAGAGAUUUUCAGCAUUUGGGGGAGAUUCUCCUUUUGGUAAAUCUGAAGCUUAUAUAAAAUUGGAACAAUUAGGUGAAGGAUCAUAUGCCACAGUGUUCAAAGGCUAUAGUCAUCUUACAAAUCAAAUGGUGGCACUUAAAGAAAUUAGACUACAAGAGGAAGAAGGUGCUCCAUUUACUGCCAUUCGCGAGGCAAGCCUUCUCAAAGAAUUGAAGCAUAGCAAUAUCGUUACUUUACACGAUAUAAUUCAUACGCGCGAGACUCUUACUUUUGUUUUUGAAUAUGUUCAUACUGAUCUAUCGCAAUACAUGGAGAGGUAUGGAAGUGGUAAUGGUGGUUUAGAUCCACGAAAUGUUAAACUGUUUUUAUUUCAAUUAUUAAGAGGACUGGCAUACUGUCACCGCAGGAGAGUAUUACAUAGAGAUGUGAAACCGCAAAACUUGUUAAUCAGUGAAAUAGGGGAACUCAAACUAGCAGACUUUGGUUUAGCGAGAGCUAAAUCUGUACCGUCACACACGUAUUCACACGAAGUUGUGACAUUAUGGUACAGGCCACCUGAUGUUCUUUUGGGAUCUACAGAGUAUUCUACCUCGCUUGACAUGUGGGGAGUAGGUUGCAUAUUUAUGGAGAUGUUGACUGGUGAACCAACAUUCCCAGGUGUACGCUGUACGUACGACCAACUUGAUAAAAUAUUCAAAGUAUUGGGUACUCCUACUGAAGAAACUUGGCCUGGUGUCACGCACCUGCCAGGAUAUAAACCACAUAGACUGGGAUUCUAUCCUCCACGAAAAUUGGGUCUUUCAUUUCCUAGACUCUAUGAUAUUGCUGAAGGUGAUAGUAUGGCAUCGUCGCUUCUACAAUUAAAUCCUGAUCAACGGAUAGGAGCUGAAGAAGCGUUAAGGCAUCCUUAUUUUGCCUCUCUUCCUAGAAAAUUAUACGAAUUGCCUGACGAAGUAUCGAUAUUUAGUGUUGAAGGUUGUCAUUUGUAUACAAAUUCGAGGCACGGGUGUGCAGAUUCGCGUCACACAGCUCUUAAGACUUGAGGUUAAAAGUAAACGUAAAA